AUGCUCGAUAAUAAUAAGAAUGCAUUAAUGAGUUGUAGUGCAUUUAAAGAGAGUGGUGUAUUGAAAGGAUGGGGAGAAAGACUUUUAAUAUAUGAUUUGAUAUAAUAGGUAAGGGCUUGAUAUAUAGAGAGAUACUCAGAUAUAUUGACGUCAAGGGUUAAACAUAAAAGUAGUUGUUAAUUCAAAAUUAUAUUAUCCAUCCUGUUGCAUUUCAUCAAGGGAAAUGGGCAAUAAAGUUCAAAACUCAAUAAGAGAUCGAACCUAAAGUGGCUAGAUUUGGUUGGAAUAAUCAAUCAGAUGCAUUAUAAUGGUAUGAUUUUUUUAACGGGAAAUACUUGGCUAUAUAAAUAAAAAAGGAGAAUUAAGAGAAAAAAUUAUAAGAAUGGGAUUAAUUUAUGCCAGAAUCAGAAAGAGUAAUAAAUCAAGGAGUUCCUUCAAUGGCUAUAAAACCUAGUUAGGUAUCUCGUAUGAGAUAGAUGAUACCAUUAUUGCCUUAAUUUUUAUAAGUAAAUAUAAAGUUAUAAAAAAAAAGAAUGAUAUUGAAAUAAUAUUAGAGAAUACACAUGAAAAUUUAUAAGGAUUUUCGGAUAUUCAUUCAUUUAAAAUUCUAUUUUAAUCUUAAAAUAAAUAACUCUAUUAAGAUCCAAAUGAUUAAUUACAUAUGAGAUUCUUUUUAAAAUCAGAAAUGCCUCCUUCAAGGAUUUUUGAUGUAAAAAUGAUUAUUUUAAUAUAUUAGGAAUUGUCAAUACAUACAUUUGUUGAUAAUUGGAGUCCAUAAGUAUCAAUAUAUUAAAUAUAUCCAACCAAAAAAGAUUGUGCAAUAAUCUUUACAGAAUUUAAUAUGGAAUAAAAAUAAUAACAUAACAACAAUAAAUUUAAAUAAAAUAAACCAAGAAGUUUGAAGGAUAUUGAACAUGAAUUUUUUUCAUAAGAUACAUUUUCCAAAUAACCAAAAUCAUAAAUUCCUAAUUAAAUUGAGAAAAUCAGAUUGAUAUACACAUAAAAGCAUUUUUAAAUAGAUGAAAAUGCAUAUUGUAUUAUGAAAAAAUAUAUUGGAAAUGAAAUACAUCAUAAUUAAAUUGAUAAGGAUAAAGUUGAAGGAACAGAUGAAUACAAAAUUACUAGAUCUUGUGUUCUUAUAUAAGCUAAAUAAGAAGAUAAAUUUAAAACUUAAAUUAUUGAAGAUAUAUAUUUAGAGUGUGAAAAUAGAGAAAAAGGAGAAGAAGUAAUGAAAAGAUUUCUCCUCAAUUUAGAAAAUAUAGAUAAUCAAAUACUUGAAGCAGAUCAUUAUAUUAAAUAAUAAACAGAACAUGUAUUAAUUAAGAAUGAAGAUGAUGACAUUGAUAAUUUAUAGAUUUCAUUUAUUUAAUUAGUACCUGAAAUACCAAGAAUUACUUCAGAAUAACAUUAAUAAUAAUCACUUCAGGAAUAUAAAGAAAUUUUAGAUCUAGUUUAAACAGGAUAAUUUAUAUAAAAAUCAAUCUCUAGACAAUUUAAUUAAAAUAUACUUAAUGGAUUAGACAAAUUUUUAGAAACUACCAAAGAAGAAGGUCAUUUCUUGUUGACUAAAUAUUAUGAAGUUGAUCCUAAAAAAGGAGGAUUAAUUUAUACAAAUAAAAAAUUAAUCAGUGAUUAAAGAAGUGUCUUAUUGGAUAUAAUUAAAAGAAUGGGAUCAAAUUUAUUAAGUGGAAAAUCAUUAAUGUCUGUCUCAUUACCUAUCUAAGUUUUUGAAGCAAGAUCUUUUUUAGAAAGAAUGGCUAGAGGUUAAGGACAUGCUCCUGUUUUUCUUGAAAAAGCUGCUCAAACUACAGAUGUUUUUGAAUAAUUAAAGCUUACAAUCUCAUUCCAUAUGGCAAGUUUUAUGAUGGGUGUCCAAUAAGAAAAACCAUUCAACCCAAUUAUUGGAGAAACCUUUGAAGGAAGGAUUAAAGGAUGUCCUAUAUAUUUAGAAUAAUCUUCACAUCAUCCUCCCAUUUCCAAUUAUAUUAUGUAUGGAAGAGGUUAUAAAUUGUUUGGAACUUUCUGUCCCUUGGUUAAUAUGGGAACUAAUAGUUUGGCUGGUGAAUAAUAAGGUCACUCAUAAAUACAUUUCUAGAAUACUAAUCUCAAAUACUAUUAUAUGGCCUAACCAUUUAUGCUUUAUGGAGUUCUAUUAGGAUAAAGAAGUGUUAAUUGUCAUAAAAGAAGUUAUUGUUUCCAACCUGAACAUCAGUUAUUAGUUGAAAUUACAUUCAAUCCUAAAGAUAAAAAUGCUGGGUUUUUUAGUUCCUCAUCUUAAAAGAUAGAUCAAUUUAUUGGGAAAGUCUGUAAGGUCACACCGGAAUGCAUUUAAAAAUGUUUAAAAGCUCAUAAAACUAAUUCAGGCAUAAAAUUAAAAAUUUUACCUUAAGAAAUUUUAGAUACAUAUAAUAUUAAUAUUAAAGGUAGAUGGACAUCAUUUUUAUAAUUUGAUAACGUUACAUAUUGGGAUAUCGAAAUUCAUAGGUAGUCAUAUUAUCAAUUAUUUUAGACCUUAUAUUCUCGAGUUAGAAUCAUGCCCCUUACCUUCUGAUUGUCUCUAUAGAUUGGACUUAUUAUAUAUGAAAAUGAAAGAUAAUUCGAAAGGUUAAGAUGUAAAAGAGUAAAUGGAAGUUGAUCAAAGAAUAGAUAAGCAACUUAGAGAUAAAUUUGGGGUUAAGACUAAGAAAAAAAAUAAAUCGAGUUGA